GGCUAAAGUGGAUAAAUAACACUGACAACAAGUAGCGCUGAGCGGAGCCUGCAGCCAUCUGAAGUUUCAUGAAGCAUCAGUGAGGGAAGCUCAGAGGUGAUCUGCCCACCCUGCAGGCAGAGCAGGACCAAAUGCACGUGCUCUUCUACUACAAGAUGAAGCUCUUCAGUCUGGUUUGACAACUGAUCAGGUGGUGUUAAGUAAACAAAUCAGCUAUGUCAGGAGGGCCACAAACCCUUCGACUUGAAGAAAGGAAUGCAUCUACGUGCUUAAAUUUGUCAGGAGGAGGAAUGUCUCUGACGGUAGGGAAGACAAGCUCUUUAGUGAACUGGUGCCUCAUGAUUUUAUCCACUUUGCAUAUCUGCAAAUAUGAUAUCAGCAUGAUCUUCCUGCCUGGGCUGAUGGAAGUCGAUAAACUCUGUGGGCUGCCUAGUGCUGGACACAAGCCCGAAACUUUAAUGACACUGAAGGCAGAGGAGUGUCGCAGUGCUUCCAAGUACCAAGACAUCGGUGGCAUUAUGGAGAUUUACGCAGCUGCAGGGAUCAAAAUGAUGUCUCUCUCAGCAGAAACCUGCUUUUUGGGUGACUCGAUGAUGAUGAAGUCUGGGACCUGUUCAGGGGAACCCAUAGCAGAGGUCACAGUUCAAGUGAGUAUGUUUUUGAACACAUUAACCCCCAAGUUCUAUGUUGCCCUGACAGGCACUUCCUCACUAAUCUCGGGACUUAUUUUGGCACCAACUAGAAAGAUCCCAGAGAAGUUUGCCACUGCUGUGAAGGGGACAAGGUCUGUGAAGAUGAGCUCCCUUCCCACUAUCUUCGAGUGGUGGUACUUCCGCAAGUACGGGACGUCCUUCAUCGAGCAGGUCUCGGUGAGCCACUUGCGCCCCCUGCUGGGCGGGGUGGACAACAGCGCGCCCAGCACCGCCAGCGCCGCCAACGGGGACGCGGACUCCAGCCGCCAGAGCGUCUCAGAAUGCAAAGUCUGGCGAAAUCCUUUAAAUUUGUUCAGAGGAGCUGAAUAUAAUCGGUAUACAUGGGUAACAGGGAGAGAACCUUUGACUUACUAUGAUAUGAAUCUUUCAGCACAGGACCAUCAGACAUUCUUUACAUGUGACACGGAUCAUUUACGGCCUGCAGAUGCUAUAAUGCAAAAAGCCUGGAGAGAGAGAAACCCCCAAGCCCGAAUUUCUGCAGCACAUGAAGCUUUGGAAUUGAAUGAGUGUGCUACUGCCUAUAUACUCUUGGCCGAAGAGGAAGCGACAACAAUUGUAGAAGCAGAGAAGCUGUUCAAGCAAGCUCUGAAAGCUGGAGAGGGCUGUUACAGGCGCAGCCAGCAGUUACAGCACCAUGGUGCCCAGUAUGAAGCCCAACACAGAAGGGACACCAAUGUGUUAGUUUAUAUUAAGAGGAGGCUGGCAAUGUGUGCAAGAAAGCUGGGAAGGACCAGGGAAGCAGUGAAAAUGAUGAGAGAUUUGAUGAAGGAGUUUCCUCUGCUCAGCAUGUUCAACAUCCAUGAAAACCUGCUAGAGGCUUUAUUGGAACUGCAAGCAUAUGCAGAUGUUCAGGCAGUCUUAGCAAAGUAUGACGAUAUAAGCUUACCAAAAUCAGCAACAAUAUGUUACACAGCUGCAUUGCUCAAAGCCAGAGCUGUCUCUGACAAAUUUUCUCCAGAGGCUGCCUCAAGGCGAGGGCUGAGUACUGCAGAGAUGAAUGCAGUAGAAGCUAUUCACAGAGCAGUAGAAUUUAAUCCACACGUGCCAAAAUAUCUACUAGAAAUGAAAAGCUUAAUUCUGCCCCCUGAACAUAUUCUGAAGAGAGGGGACAGUGAAGCAAUAGCAUAUGCUUUCUUUCACCUUCAACACUGGAAAAGAGUAGAGGGGGCAUUGAAUCUCUUACACUGUACAUGGGAAGGCACUUUCAGAAUGAUCCCCUAUCCACUGGAAAAAGGACAUCUUUUCUACCCUUACCCUAUUUGUACAGAAACUGCAGAUAGAGAACUACUACCAUCAUUUCAUGAAGUUUCAGUUUACCCUAAGAAGGAGCUUCCCUUCUUCAUCCUCUUCACUGCUGGACUUUGUUCUUUCACAGCCAUGCUAGCCCUCCUGACACAUCAGUUCCCAGAGCUUAUGGGGGUCUUCGCAAAAGCUUUUCUCAGCACCCUCUUUGCCCCUUUAAAUUUUGUGAUGGAAAAAGUAGAAAGUAUCCUGCCCUCCAGUCUGUGGCACCAGCUGACGAGGAUCUGAGGGAGCGCGCCUGCUGACUGACUGCCAUGACAUCUUCUGUGCCAACUUUUUGUUGACCACAAGAAAGCAUGAUAAAAAAGGGAAGCAGUUCUAAGACUUUAAAACUCUUCAUGGAUUGUCUGUUCUCAUACAAAAACUGUUUUGUUGUACAAAAUACAUUGAUGUUAGGUUCUAUUAUAUUUUGCCUUCAGAAAAGAAAAACUUAAAAAUAAACUUUUGUGUAUUGCA